GACUACAGGACUGAAACUUCAAAAUAAAUGUAAAAUGCAAAAGUUCAUAUUCCUGCGCAAUAUGGUAGGCAGAGUAAUACUGAAGAGACUUAUAACAGCCUAAAUGCAAACAUGUUUGGAUGGUCCGCCCGGUCUUGGUUUUAUAACUGUGCAAAAACGACAAUAAAAGGAAGCAGAGAUAGGAAUCACUGGCUUGCCGAUAUCCUAAGCAACCACAGGGAGGGAAUCGUGAGAGAGCUGGAUGUGCAGAAAGUGCUGUCAUAUCUCGUUUAUGAGAGAGUCUUUUCCUUGGAGGAGUACAAAGACAUUUUGUCCCGGGAGUGCUACGAGAAGCAAGCUACAUAUUUUUUAGAGAAACUCGCAGGCAAAGGCCCCGGCGCCUUGUCCACUUUUUGUUCCGUGCUGGAAGAGGUCUGUCCCCACUUGCUCAUUUCCAUUCUCCUUGACUACCAAGGUGUGUUAAUCAGGAGCUCCACAGACAUAGGUUCUGAGAGUACAAAACUGCAAAUAGCAGCAGAUAUGGAAAGUCAGGACCACCAUGAAGCUAAUGACCUGGAAGGAAGCUCUUUGGCUGAAGACCAGAUAAAUCACUGGUUCAACAAGUACAGGGUAACACCAUCUUCUGAAAAUCCCAGUGGUUCUAAUUGUAGCAUAAGCCAAGGAAAGCCUUCUUUAAGAAGAAUAAAAGGGAGAAUACAUCGAAGCAAAAGCCUUGAUAGCCUUGAUUUCUGUGAGUUCAAUAGCACAACAAUGGAAGAAACAGCUAUAUGGGAACAACACACGGUGACACUUCACAGGGCUCCUGGAUUUGGAUUCGGUAUUGCAAUAUCUGGCGGAAGAGAUAAUCCCCACUUCCAGAGUGGCGAAACAUCCAUAGUUAUAUCAGAUGUGCUCAAAGGUGGUCCAGCAGAAGGGCUGCUACAGGAGAAUGACCGUGUUGCAAUGGUUAAUGGUGUUUCAAUGGAUAAUGUGGAACAUGCCUUUGCUGUUCAGCAGCUAAGAAAAAGUGGGAAAAAUGCCAAAAUUACCAUCCGAAGGAUGAAAAAAAUUCAGAUACCCAUAACUCGGACAGAACCAGACCCUGUGUCUGAAAAUGAUGAAGACAGUUACGAAGAAGAUAUGCAUGAUCCAAGAGGUUCCCGCGGUGCUGCAAGCCUGAGCAGAAGGCCCGAGAAGAGCUGGGUGAGGGACCGAAGUGCAAGCAGAGAGCGGAGUUUAUCACCAAGAUCAGAUAGAAGGUCGGUAGGUUCUGGUCAACCUGCCAAACCUACUAAAGUCACAUUGGUGAAAUCCAGGAAAAAUGAAGAAUACGGGUUGCGCCUGGCCAGCCACAUCUUUGUGAAAGAAAUAUCGCAAGAUAGUCUGGCAGCAAGGGAUGGCAAUAUUCAGGAAGGUGACGUUGUACUCAAGAUAAACGGAACAGUCACGGAAAAUAUGUCAUUGACAGAUGCCAAGACCCUGAUAGAAAGGUCAAAGGGCAAGUUGAAGAUGGUGGUUCAAAGGGAUGAGCGAGCAACUUUGCUGAAUGUUCCAGACCUUUCUGAUAGCAUUCACUCAGCCAAUGCUUCAGAAAGAGAUGACAUUUCAGAAAUUCAGUCGCUGGCAUCUGAUCAUUCCAACCGAUCCCAUGACAGGCCCCGCCGCAGUCGUUCACGAUCUCCUGACCAGAGGUCAGAGCCUUCAGACCAUUCCAGACAUUCUCCACAGCAGCCCAGCAAUGGCAGUCACCGAAGUAGAGAUGAGGAAAGAAUAGCAAAGCCAGGUGCAGUUUCUACGCCUGUGAAGAACACAGAGGAACUCCCCGUUUCGAAAUCAGUGGAAGAAUCUGUGACGGAGAGAAGUGAUAAACAGAUCCCACCCCUUCCAGAACCAAAGCCAGUCUAUGCUCAGGCAGGUCAGCCAGAUGUAGAUUUACCUGUCAGUCCAUCUGAUGGCCCAUUACCAAACUCAACUCAUGAAGAUGGAAUGCUUCGGCCAAGCAUGAAGCUUGUAAAAUUCAAAAAGGGAGACAGCGUGGGCUUGCGGCUGGCUGGAGGUAAUGACGUUGGCAUCUUUGUGGCCGGUGUUCUAGAAGAUAGCCCUGCUGCUAAAGAAGGCUUGGAAGAAGGAGAUCAGAUUCUCAGGGUAAAUAAUGUAGACUUCACAAAUAUCAUUCGAGAAGAAGCAGUGCUGUUUUUGCUUGACCUCCCUAAAGGAGAGGAAGUAACCAUUCUGGCACAGAAGAAAAAGGAUGUUUACCGGCGCAUUGUUGAAUCGGAUGUGGGAGACUCUUUCUAUAUUAGAACUCACUUUGAAUACGAGAAAGAAUCUCCCUACGGACUUAGCUUCAACAAAGGAGAGGUGUUCCGGGUAGUGGAUACGUUAUACAAUGGCAAGCUGGGCUCCUGGUUGGCUAUUCGGAUUGGCAAGAACCACAAAGAAGUUGAAAGAGGGAUUAUACCCAACAAAAACAGAGCUGAGCAACUGGCAAGCGUGCAGUAUACACUUCCGAAGACUGCAGGUGGGGACCGUGCCGAUUUCUGGAGGUUUCGAGGCUUGCGAAGCUCUAAGAGGAACUUGAGGAAAAGCAGAGAAGACUUGUCCGCCCAACCUGUUCAGACCAAGUUUCCUGCUUACGAAAGGGUGGUUCUUCGAGAAGCUGGAUUUCUCAGGCCUGUCACGAUCUUUGGACCAAUUGCGGAUGUUGCUCGGGAGAAGCUGGCGAGAGAAGAACCAGAUAUUUAUCAGAUUGCAAAAAGUGAACCAAGAGAUGCUGGUACAGACCAGCGUAGUUCGGGCAUUAUUCGGCUUCACACAAUAAAACAGAUAAUUGACAAAGACAAGCAUGCUCUACUAGAUGUCACUCCCAAUGCAGUAGACCGCCUGAAUUACGCACAGUGGUAUCCCAUCGUGGUGUUUUUGAACCCUGACUCAAAACAGGGUGUAAAGACCAUGAGGAUGAGGUUGUGUCCAGAAUCCCGGAAAAGUGCCCGAAAACUGUAUGAGAGAGCCCACAAGCUGCGGAAAAACAAUCACCACCUUUUUACAGCAACUAUUAACUUGAAUUCAAUGAACGAUGGGUGGUAUGGCGCUCUUAAGGAAGCAAUCCAGCAGCAGCAGAACCAGUUAGUGUGGGUCUCGGAAGGAAAGGCAGAUGGUGCUACCAGUGACGACCUUGACCUGCACGAUGACCGCCUGUCUUACCUGUCGGCUCCUGGCAGCGAGUACUCCAUGUACAGUACAGAUAGCAGGCACACCUCGGACUACGAGGACACCGACACGGAAGGGGGGGCCUACACCGAUCAAGAGCUGGACGAGACGCUCAACGAUGAAGUGGGGACCCCACCCGAGUCAGCCAUUACGCGGUCCUCUGAACCUGUGAGAGAAGACUCCUCAGGGGUGCAUCACGAGAAUCAAACAUAUCCUCCUUAUGCGGCGCAGGCCCAACCUCAGCCAAAUCACAGGAUAGAGUCCCCCGGGUUUAAGCCAAGCGCUGCUCAGCCGAAAGCAGAUGCCUCACCUGCAGCCCCCUACCUUUCCCCGUCGCCAGAAACAAACCCUGCAGCCUCGUCAACGUCCGCUGUUCACCCCAGUGUCAGCCUGAAUAGCAUCAGGCUGGAGGAGCCUGGCUUGGCCCCUUACAACUCUUACCCGCCGCAGGCUGGCCCCCUCAGGACACCCAGCGCGGAGGCCCCUCACUUAAUGCUCAGAGACCAAGAGCCGCCGUCCUUGUCUCCGCAUAUAGAUCCAGCAAAGAUGUACAGGAAGGACCCGUAUAUUAACGAGGAGCCCCCUCGGGCGAAUUAUGUCUUAAAACAGCCUGCACAGAGGCAGGAGAAGGAUUCUAAUCUGACCUACGAACCUCAACCUCAGUACACGGAGAAACAGGCCAAUAGAGAUUAUGAGCCUUUGGCAUACAGAUACGACUCCACAAACUACGUGGACCACUAUUCUCGUAACUACGACCCUCGUCUCCACUAUCAGGAGGAUGUGCCUCCCUAUGAUGACCACUGGGCAUACUAUGACGAAAAGCCCCCCUACCAGCCCCGGCCCCCCUACGACGGCCAGCCUCCCAGAGACUUUGAUCCCCGGCCGAACGCAGAGGAGAGCACUGAACGCGGCUAUUUCCCGGCCCAGCCUCGCUUCGAAGAGCCCCCUCCCGUGGCUUACGACAACCGGCCGCGCUACGAACAUGGGCCUAAAAACUUCAACCUCACGCAGCUGAGGUACGAAGAGCAGAACCCGGCUGGUUAUGAAAUGCACGGGAGAUACAAAACGGAGUCUCAGGCUUUCUCCUCCGCAGUGCCCCGAUCUCCCGAACCCAAGCAUUACUUUGAGUCGCAGCCCCGAGGCUACGAACCCAUCCCCCCGCAAGGGUUCGGCGCAAAAGCAGGACAGUACGACCCUCCUCACAACCCAUCCGGCGUGCUCCCUUCCCUGCCCUCACAGAGCAAACCCGAAGGCCUGCCUUCCACCAGUAAUAAACCACUGCCGACCCAGCCAGCGGAAGAAGAGGACGACCCCGCCAUGAAACCGCAGUCCGUGCUGACGAGGGUAAAGAUGUUCGAAAACAAACGGUCGUCGUCCCUGGAAAAAAUCAAGGACUCUAAUGAGCUUCCUGUAGUCAAGCAGCCGCCAGAGCUUGCACCUAAGCCUAGCCUCAACCCCGUGAGCGGUCCUAAACCUGUCUCUCAAAACCAGUAUGAACACGACAAACCAGCGUACAGGGCCCCAGAACCACAAAGACCUCAAGCAAAACCCCCCGAGGACAUUGUUCGGGCAAACCACUAUGAUCCUGAGGAGGACGAGGAAUACUAUCGCAAGCAGCUCUCCUAUUUUGAUCGACGAAGUUUUGAAAACAAGCCCGCCAUGCCGGUCCCUUCUAGCCACCAUGCUGAGCCUGCUAAACCCGUUCAUCUCCACAAUCAGCUGAACUACUCAAACUACUCUUCCAAAUUUCUUGGCUCUUACACUAGCUAUGGCUACUUGAAAAGGAACAUCAAGUGGGGAAAGUCAAUAGACAUGGAGACUCUGGAUCGAGCUGUUGGUGAAAAGCGUUAUGAGACAGCCCCUCAAGUGAUCCCCCCUCCCCCUGCACCCCCAGUGCAGUACACCCAACCUCAGUCCAUUAAUAACCCCAUCGUGUCUCUGCAGCCCAAGUCUACACUGACGGAAGUCAACUCCGUGUCGGACUUUCAGAACUCUACUUUGCCUAAGCCGGAGCCCUCCCUGCCUCAGAACAAACCGCUCGCUUUCAGGUCUUCCAGCCGAGAAGACACCGUGCAGUCCACCUUCUACCCUCAGAAAAGCUUCCCCGACAAAGGUCCCGUGAACGGGACAGAACAGAUCCCAAAGACGGUCACCCCCGCUUACAACCGCUUCACGACGAAACCUUACACAAGUGCUGCCCGGCCCUUUGAACGCAAGUUUGAAAGCCCGAAAUUCAACCACAAUCUCCUGCCAGAUGAGAAUCAGCAUAAGCCCGAGUUGCCAUCCAAAUCUCAGAAUUCUCCCCAGCCCCUUUUAAAAGCACACAGCUCAUCUCAGCCGGAGUUUGACAGUGCAGUGGAUACCUUCUCCAUACAGGCCGACAAGCUCAAAUAUCAACCAAAUAACAUCAAUGCUGUGCCUAAAGCCAUUCCCGUAAGUCCUUCUGCUCUAGAAGAUGACGAUGAAGAGGACGGACAUACCGUAGUCGCCACUGCGAGAGGCGUUUUUAACAGCAACGGUGGCGUCCUCAGCUCCAUAGAGACUGGAGUUAGUAUCAUUAUCCCACAAGGAGCCAUUCCAGAGGGAAUCGAGCAGGAGAUCUAUUUCAAGGUCUGCCGAGACAAUAGUAUCCUCCCACCUCUAGACAAAGAGAAAGGUGAAACGCUCCUCAGCCCCUUGGUCAUGUGCGGGCCCCAUGGACUAAAAUUCCUGAAGCCAGUGGAGCUGCGCUUACCCCAUUGUGCGUCAAUGACCCCUGAUGGUUGGUCUUUUGCUCUAAAAUCCUCCGACUCCUCGUCGGGUGACCCCAAAACCUGGCAGAACAAGUCUCUUCCUGGUGAUCCAAACUAUCUUGUUGGAGCAAACUGUGUCUCAGUUUUAAUAGAUCACUUCUAACCCUUACGUUAGCUGACUGGCCUAACGUGUGAAACCGAGAUUCUAACAGAAAAGAAAGCAAGCGUUGCCUAGAACUGAACCGUUUCUCCCCCACCCCACCCCAAGUAUUAACAGUUCUCUGUAGUGUUACGCAGUCUUUGCUUUGACUAACAAGGGAUAAUGAGUACAUUCUUGAACCAUGGUCAGGGUACAUGCCAUUAAUCAGCAGGGCCACAAACGACCCAGGGACCAAGGCAAGGUCUUUAUGGGUUCCCUCUGACUUUCCUUAACCGGACACUUCUGAUGCAUCGUAGCUUAAAUCUUUCUUAAACUAACCACUCAAGCAAUGCAAUUUACUACUACUACUACUACUAUUACUAAUUAUUAUUAUUAUUAUAAUUUUUUUUCCAGAGGAACGGACUUUUGGUUCACAAACCACUGCUGAAUUAGAGCUUUUUCUUACUACAAUUUUUGGGUUUUUUUUCUUCUUUUCUUUUUAUAAAGAAAACACCUUUGUGUGUGUUUAGUAUAUGCAAAGACUCCUGCGAUCACCGUUUUCUUUCUGUUUUAUUUUGUUUAAAAAACAAACAACUGGCAGUCUUGAUGCAUACGCCCACCAAGUGGAAAUACAGUUUUUUGCUAGCACAAUAUAGAAGUUUUUUCUUCCUCUGCUAAGAAGGGGGAGUUACAUGCACGUCUAACUUUAAUUGUACAAGAAAAACACUUUAUUUUUCCCCCCAUUUGCCAUAAGGAAAGACAAAGAGAGCAAGCGCAUGUGGGAUGACUGUGGUUCCAGUGGCCUCCGGGGGUCUGUAAAUUACGGUAACCACAUCUACGACAGAUACAUUAACCAGCAAGGAUGCCUUACCCUCAUGUUUUUAACUAGUCUUAGCUAUCAUUGUAGUUCUCUGUACUACUAAGUUUGUUUGGCUUCUGUGCUUAUGUAGAUUAAUACAUCUUGAGAGAGGUUGAGACGUGGAUUCAUUUUGUGAACUGGCUCGUUU